GAGAGGGAGAGAGAGCACUGCCGUUGAGAUUGGACUCUAUCACGUUUUCAUUAUUAGUCUAAAAUGCUUUAGUUCCUUAUUAGCGCAGGCUGCCAUUCAUCUGUCCUGUCAUUCAAAGAGAUCAGUCACGCGGGAAACGUUAAGUUCAGGUCUAGAAAGCAAGUGGCACAGCUGAAGGCCCGAGAUGCCCGAGCAGAGCAACGACUACCGUGUGGUGGUGUUUGGAGCAGGGGGCGUAGGGAAGAGCUCCCUGGUGCUCCGUUUUGUGAAAGGCACUUUCCGGGACACCUACAUCCCGACGGUGGAGGACACAUACCGGCAGGUGAUCAGCUGUGACAAGAGCGUCUGCACCCUGCAGAUCACAGACACCACCGGCAGCCACCAGUUUCCUGCCAUGCAGCGUCUGUCCAUCUCCAAAGGGCACGCAUUCAUCCUGGUCUACUCCAUCACUAGUAAGCAAUCCCUGGAAGAAUUAAAGCCCAUAUACCAGCAGAUUCUUGCUAUCAAAGGCAACGUAGAGAACAUCCCCAUCAUGCUUGUUGGAAAUAAGAGCGAUGAGACUCAACGGGAAGUGAACACCGAGGAUGGAGAGGCCCAGUCCAAGAUCUGGAAGUGUGCUUUCAUGGAGACCUCGGCGAAGACUAACCACAAUGUCACUGAGCUUUUCCAGGAGCUUCUCAACUUGGAAAAGAAGAGGAACAUGAGUUUGAACAUCGAUGGCAAGCGUUCUGGGAAGCAAAGCAGGGCUGACAAGCUGAAAGGGAAAUGCAGCGUCAUGUAGAGUGCUUGUUAGAGACAUGGUGAGAUAACACAGAGAGAUAGAGUGAUAAAAUAACAAAGAAAAGGAACUGAGGGGGUGGGGAAUGAAUGGAAAUGGUGUUAUUUGACAUUUCAUGCCUAUUUCCGAUAACAAUUUUACACUGACAGCUUAAAUUUCAUCCUUCACCACAGUCUUUGGCCUAAAUAAGCACUGGCCCAUUCAUAUUGCCUUCUCUGUUUUUAUUACAGAAAUCUCUUAUGUCUUAGAAUAAUUCAGACAGCAAUCUCUUGCUAAACAGUCCUUUUUAAAUUCAUGAUGCAAACAUUUUUAUUGAAUAAAGCAGUCAGGCUUCAUAUCGACCUUGAGAUGGUAUCCAGACAUAAGACUUUGCACAAUGACAACUAAACUUUUGUUUCAUGUAUUCAUCAAAUGUUGAGUAAGUAGCAUCAGUUUGAGACUAUAUAACAAAAUAGUCAAACCACCUUUUAAUACUUUAUUACAGGUUGUGUAGAAUCCACUUUUAUUUGUUGUCCUCAUAACUUUUUGAGGAUUACUUUUGCAUGUCUUUAUAUCUUAAAAAAAUACCAACCAAUAAUUAAGACAAUGAUUUUGUUAAACAUUAGCAAAAUACCAUAGAAUGCUUUGUAAAAUGAUUACCUGCAGUGACAUCAAAGCAGAUCAAAAAUCUGAAAGCAUAAAGACUCUUCAUAUUUCACGCAGAUGCACACAUGCUUAUGUAAUCAUCAGCACCAUCAUCAUCUCUGGUGUUCAGCUGCUCAAAAUUUAGACACUUCUGGCCUCCCUAAUAAUUUAGAGUGAGCCAGAAUCUCUCUCUUCUUUUUUACGUUUCUCAGGAUGAACUGCUCAUAUUUUAUAACUGUUCAUCUGAGACAAUAACAAAUGUAGUCAAUCAGUAAAUGAAUGCAUUGCAGGAGGUGCAUUUUGGCAGCAAAACUAAAUUGAGGAAGCAAGUCUUCUACCCUAGUUGUAGAGACUAAUGUGAACAUCAAAGAGUAUAUAUAAUAUGGUCACCCGAAGUUAUAAUAGUUUUAGGAUAAAGAAACCGAACAUUUACAUCACCAGCCAUUACAGGAGUUUUUGGGCUGGAACAAUUCAGUUUUCGUGUUCUCAGUGACCCUUAUAGGAACACCACCAACCUGUUUCAGUUUCGGUAAGAGAAUGCAAUCACACUGCAAAUCAGCCUUUGACAAAAGAAAUCUCUUGCUUCAAAGGGCCGUGAUUGUAUAGCAUUAUAUUUUUAUCCAACCAGCUGAUUGCCUUUGUACACUGAUGUGAGAAAGAGCCCCUUUAAUAUGUUUUCAGGACAACAUUGUUUUUCCAUGUUAUGCUGGUUUGCUAGUUUUUGAACAGGGUACGCCAGAAAAGAGAAAAAAAAGCAUUACAUAACAACAUUUCAGAAAACGAAUACAAAUAAGACCGAAAUUCAUAUGGUUUAUUUUGUUAGACUUGUAAAUUAAGCAUUUUUGAUGACAUAUUAUAAUCAGUAAAAAGCAACUUAUUAAAAAGAAGGGUAUUAAACACUCAGAUAUGAAUUUUAACAUUUCACCCAAUUAUUUUAGCGCAGGUAGAAAACUAACAUAAUAAAUAAGUAGAAGAGUAUUAUAUCCCACCCCCUUUAUACAGCAGCUAUAAUAUAUACUAAUGAUAUACUGUGACAAGCAUUGCAAUAGAACAGAAACCAAUAUCAUCAGUCAUUUAUAGUUUCUGGUUUGCUGUCAGUUAAUAUUAUGACUCAGCCUGUUAACUCUGAUUGAUUUAUAUGAUUAAUAUUUUAAUAUUAGUUCCCUGGAUGCCCCACCAACACAUUCAUCCCCUUAAAUGGUGCUAUAAUUUACCACCUCCCUACUGGUGACAGCAGUUCUGCUCUGCAUGGUUUAUGCAGUCAUAUCAGUAUAAAAAUCCCCUCUUUCAUCAGAGUUCUGCUGAUUUAUGGCUUUGUAAUUUGCUAAAUUCAGAACAACGCCUCAUCCAUCUAUCGUGACUGUAUUCGAACCCGUUAUACCUGGAUCUACGUGUCCAAUCUCUAUAAAGCCCACUCAGCUGGCGUAUGAGUCACACUGCUGAUAUCAUCAGACUCUGCAAGCUGCACGAAAGGAAAACUGCAGAGCGUCUCGCAUUUUCCAUGCAUGGGAAGUCUGCGCUCUCUGUAGAGUGGCCUUUCGGUUGACUUGCGUCAGCAAUGCCACUGCCCAUCAGUUCUGUGUAUAAAAUCUUUUUUUCAACACAUAUCAUGCACAUUUUAUUGUAAAUAUUUGUAAAUUGUAUGUAAAGAAUAUGACUGUAAAGAAAUCCUCACUGACUCUUGUCGGAUGAACCUACAGACAUGGACACAAUUCCAUCCAAAGCUCUUCAUGUGUUUGGUUGGAAUCGCAGGGGGCUUUUGUGUACAUCUAUAUUAUCUUCAUGCAUUUUACAGUUGGUAUCUUAAAUCUGGUUUACACAGUGAGCACUUUAAAUGCCUAAGGGUAAUGGAAUGUACUGUGAAACGUAUGUAAAUGAUGACCUCUAUUUCUUAAUUCAAACUACGCAUGGUCCCACUUGAUGUUUAGCCAGCAUGAAGGCAAGCAACAAAACUGUGAAGUGACUUUUCAACACAGCAUUUUAUUAUUUUCUUUUUUGUUCAAUAUUUUACUAACGUUUUUCAUUUUUAUUAUUAUAGAUAUUAGCUACUACUGUGUAUGAUAUGUCCUUUAGCAAUAGUUUUCCUAAGACAUGGUAUGCUGUGCUCACGCAUCCAAAAUGAAGGAAAAUAACUACUAAUAUAUAUGUAUAGAUAUACCUGCAAAUAUUCUCUAAUAAAUCUGCUAAUUGAUUUUCAUAAUAAAAAAAUGAAAGAGAAAA